AUGGGUAUGUUCUUUAAAUAUGAGUUACCUUACACUGCAUUAAUUGAUAUUGGAUCGACGCAUUCGUAUGUUGCAUGCAAUAUGACUGAACCUUUGGGUGAUAUGUUUGAAAUUACUUCAAAUGAGAUGCCUAUGAUAAGUCCGUUAGGUCAGUCAAUGGGAGUGAAUAAGUUGUUUAGGGAGGUACCCUUGGUAGUUCAAGGGGCUACCUUUUUAGCGGACUUGAUGGCGUUGUCGUUUAGUGAGUUUGAUUUAAUCUUGGGUAUGGACUGGCUGGUGAAACACCGAGCCACCUUGGAUUGCGCUGCAAAGAGAAUGGUGUUUAGAACGGUGGAGGACCAGGAGGUUGUGGUGAUUGGUGAAUGCCAAAAUUAUCUGUCGAACAUGAUUUCGGUGUUAAGGGCUAAGAAGUUGGUGCGAAAGGGAUACAAAGCCUAUUUGGCUUACAUUAGCAAUACGGAGGUUAAGAGCCCUACUGUUGAGGAGUUGAGAACAGUUAAGGAAUUUCCUGAUGUCUUCCCUAAGGAGCUGCCAGGGUUGCCACCCAACCGAGAGGUAGAAUUUGGAAUCGAGUUGUUACCUGGUAUGGCUCCGACGGACAACCAGCAAGUGAGUUUCGGAAAACUUAAGAAGGUUUUAACUGAGGCCCCUGUGUUGAUUCAGCCAAAGCCUGGGAAGGGGUUUACGAUUUAUAGUGAUGCGUCGCAUGUGGGCUUGGGCUGCAUGUUGAUGCAGGAAGGAAAUGUGGUUGCGUAUGCGUCACGGAAACUUAAGACUCACGAGGUAAAUUACCCAACCCAUGACUUGGAGCUAGUUGCGGUGGUCUUCAUGCUAAAAAUAUGGAGACAUUAUCUAUACAGGGAGAAGUGCGUGAUUUAUUCGGACCAUAAGAGUUUGAAGUACCUCUUUACCCAGAAGGAGCUAAACGUUAGGCAGCAUAGGUGGGUGGAACUAUUGAAGGAAUAUGAUUGUACGAUUGAAUACCACUCUGGCAAAGUGAAUGUGGUAGCCGACGCAUUGAGUCAUAGGGUUAAGUCAGACUUGAGGGCUAUGCUCACCCGUUUAAGUUUGUUGGAUGAUGGUAGCUUGUUAGCUGAGCUUCAAGUAAAACUGAUAUGGAUCGAGCAGAUAAGGAGUAAACAAUUGAUGGAUGAGACCUUGGGUGCUCAUCUUAGGCAAGUAGAGAAUGGGGAGACAUCGGAAUUCAUCUGA